AGAGAUUCGCGAUGGCCAGAGUCAGUCCUGGUAUGCCAGUGGAGGAGCCCUACUCGAGAGAGUAUGAAAGCUUCCGAUCUUCCGUUCCUCUCAAACGCGUCGUCGUCGAUGAUAAUGGCAGUGGAUCCUGGGAAAUCUAUGACUGUGGACCGAAAGAAGUUCGAAGCCCGUUGAUUAUGUUCCCUCCAUUGUCCGGUUCAUCGGACAUUUACUUCAAGCAACUGCUUGCGUUGUCCUUGCGAAAUAUUCGCGUCUUGGCUGUGUCGUGGCCUGCGUAUUGGACGGUAGCUGAGUGGUGCGCGGGUUUUCGGAAACUUCUGGACACACUUCGUUUGGAGCGAGUUCAUUUGUUCGGCGCUGCUUUAGGCGGCUUUCUCGCUCAGAAGUUUGCUGAGAUGCAUUCUAUUGGACGCCCAGUGCCGCGGGUGGCUUCCCUUAUUCUGUGCAAUUCCUUCACGGACACGUCCAUUUUUGGUUACCGGGAUGCCUCCCCUUUUUUUUGGCUGCUACCUUCUAUGUUUCUGAAGCGUAUGGUGCUUGGAAACAUGCCAGUGGGGAGCAAAGAUCGUGACAUUGUUGAAUCAGUCGAUUUCAUGGUCUCACGGCUAGAAGAAAUGACGCAAAGUCAACUGGCCUCUAGGCUCACCCUCAACUGUUCGCCCACCUACGUGAUGCCUCAGCAUUUACGCGAAAUCCCGAUCACUUUGAUCGAUGUUUGGGAUCCAUGCAAAUACGAUCACGAGGAGUUGAAGGAGUUCGAUGUGUAA